AUGAAACUUCCCUCAGGAAUGAAACCUCCUUCAGGAAUGAAACCUCCUUCAGGAAUCAAACCUCCCUCAGGAAUCAAACCUCCUUCAGGAAAGAAACCUCCCUCAGGAAUGAAACCUCCCUCAGGAAUCAAACCUCCUUCAGGAAAAAAACCUCCUGCAGGAAAGAAACCUCCCUCAGGAAUCAAACCUCCCUCGGGAAUGAAGCCUCCCUCAGGCAUGAAACCUCCCUCAGGCAUGAAACCUCCCUCAGGCAUGAAACCUCCCUCAGGAACGAAACCUCCCUCAGGAAUGAAACCUCCCUCAGGAAUGAAACCUCCUUCAGGAAUCAAACCUCCCUCAGGAAUCAAACCUCCCUCAGGAAUCAAACCUCCUUCAGGAAAGAAACCUCCCGCAGGAAUGAAACCUCCCUCAGGAAUCAAACCUCCUUCAGGAAAGAAACCUCCUUCAGGAAUCAAACCUCCCUCAGGAAUCAAACCUCCUUCAGGAAAGAAACCUCCCUCAGAAAUCAAACCUCCCUCAGGAAUCAAACCUCCCUCAGGAAUGAAACCUCCUUCAGGAAAGAAACCUCCCUCAGGAAUGAAAACCUCCCUCAGGAAUGAAACCUCCCUCAGGAAUCAAACCUCCUUCAGGAAUCAAACCUCCCUCAGGAAAGAAACCUCCCUCAGGAAAGAAACCUCCCUCAGGAAUGAAACCUCCUUCAGGAAAGAAACCUCCCUCAGGAAUGAAAACCUCCCUCAGGAACGAAACCUCCCUUAG